AUGUGGAAUAAAUGGACUAUGCUCUACGACCUCAGGAUGGUGAAUGUGUGUGCACAGCUGCGUUUGCUGGCAUGUUUCAUUCUGACUGUAGACUUGACUUUGGGUUCGGGGCCAAAUCAAGACAUGGAAUUUACAUUUCUGUUACCUGCUGCCAGCACUGAGUGUUUUUUCCAAACCACCACGAGGAACGACAGCAUGGAAGUUGAAUACCAGGUGAUAGCUGGGUCAGGCCUUGAUGUCGGCUUCACCCUCAUCUCACCGAGCGGAUACAGACUGGUGUCCGACUUCAGGAGUUCUUACGGCAUCCACACGGUGGAUUCCACAGAAGAUGGAGACUACCGGCUGUGUUUCGACAACAGCUUCAGCAAACUAUCAGAGAAGAUGGUGUUCUUUGAGGUGAUCAUUAGUAGUCAGAGCAGCGCAGGUAGAGGCCGAGAUGAAUGGGCGGAUGUGGCUGUGACAGAGAGCCUGGUGGAGUACAAACUGGAGUACAUCAGGGCGACCAUGGACUCCAUGUACCAGCACCUGGAGAGGAGCCGUCAGGUCCAGACCGUGCUAAGGGCCUUCGAGGCGAGGGACCGCUACCUCCUGGAGGACAACCUGUGGCGGGUGUCCUUCUGGUCCUGCCUCAACCUGCUUGUCAUGCUUGCAGUCGGUGCCGCACAGAUUUACACCCUGCGGCGUCUCUUUGAUGACACCAAGCGGGCCCGCACAUAGAAGCAACAACAGACAGCAGAACCUGAACGCUCUCACAUCUCAAAGUUUGACACCAGACUCUCAACCGACAUGUGCCUUGUGAGCUGAAUUUAAAGGGAUAGUUCGCACUUUUGGAAAACUGAUGUCAAGUGCUUUUUGUGAAUUCAACUUACAACAACACCUGACACUCAGAUUUAGAGUAUUGUAAUAUGCACACACACACACACACAUAAACACACACUGUAUAUACUGUACACAAAUACACAUACACACACACACACACACACACACACACACAGACAAUAUUUGGAGCACUGAUAUUUGUUAAUAAUGUCGUCGGGGAAGCUAGAAAAUCAAAGUUGUUCCCGCUGGAAUGUUGUUUUAUUGAGUUUCAGAUAUUACACUUUACACCGGCAUCUACUACUCUGGGCCUAUCCUUUAUCAAACCAGAAGCUACAACAAAGCAAAAUAAUAUCAGUAACCUCAGCUCCUGACAAUGUACUGUAAAACAAGAAAGUUUUUUUUAAUGUAACUUUUUUUUUAGUCUCACGCUGUUUAAAAAAAACCACAGCUAAAUUAUUUACCGUGAUAAAAAGACAAAAACAAGCAAUUUCCCUGAUCAGUUUCUCUGUCUGGAGGUUAAAUAGGCAGAGAACAGUGAAUUUGUGCAGGUGGCAAGUUAGUUUUUCAUUUCCUCACCAUUACUUGGAUGCAAUUGCACUUUGGGGGUAAAAACAUACAUAACGCAGUAGACAAACUAUUGUGCAUUCAAAUUACUACCAAUAUCUUUUUUCUCACGCUAUCAUGGAACUUAGACUGCUCGGCUUCAUGAGCUGUUGUUAACAUGUUCUGUCAUAAAUCGUGUUCAGUGGUAACACUCCACAUGAAAGGCUUUUUUUUUCUUUGCCACCACAAAACAGAUGCUACAAUAAUAAAGUCUCAUGUUUAAUUAUCUGGAAAUUCAUCCCUGAAAGUUAAAUCAUAAAGUAUCUCAAAUUGCAGCUUUUGGCAAAAUUAAUCAUUGGCAAUCUUCUGGGGAAUUUUAUGGUACAAACUAGGAAAUGGGAAAUAUCUACAUUGGAUUUAUGUGCUUAAUUACAGCCCACCCUGAUGCAACUUGGUUCUAACCAUCUGUGGAAAUACCAUAACAUUUUAGAACUGUAGAUAAAUAGCUUACUUGGGUUUUAAGUUUGAUGCCUCAGUGAUUAAUACUGUACAGCAUAUUUUACUGACUGUAUCAGAUAACUUAUGUGGGCCUGUAACAAUAUUGUUGGAGCUUUUCUCUGAACUGAAAAUAAGAUAUGUAGUCCUUCUGUA